UAUAUUUCAAGUUUCUAGAAUAUUUUAAUUCUUUCUCUGGAUAUGUCCAGCCUGUAUGUUCUUACAAAAAAAUGCCACCUGUUUUAUCUCAGGGUUUUUUUGAUAGACUACAAGCAUCCUAGCUUUAUCAGCCAUACUCUCAAAUAUCCCAUAGCUUCAGUUUUAUUACAAGUGCUAACUUUUCUUUAUGCCAGUGGAGCAUUGCAUUAACCUAUGUGAAUUAGUCUCUGACAGCACAGUAUUGUUCACUGUGUGUUACAGAUGGAAGUUCAAGACAAGCAUUGUCUUAUUUUGUGGUUUGAGUUCUGUGGAUACAGUUCUUCACAAACACCUCCAACCUGGGUCCUUCCCAUGGGCUGCAGGUCUUCAAGAAGUGCUCCAGCAUGGGUCCUUUUCACAGGACUUCUGGGACACAGCUGGACAGGAGAGGUUCCAGAGCAUGCAUGCAUCCUAUUACCAUAAGGCUCACGCUUGUAUCAUGGUGUUUGAUGUGCAGCGGAAAGUCACCUACAAGAACUUAAACAGCUGGUACAAGGAGCUGAGAGAAUUUCGCCCAGAGAUUCCUUGCAUUGUGGUGGCCAACAAAAUUGAUGCGGAUAUGAAGGUGACCCAGAAAAGCUUCAACUUUGCCCGGAAGUUCAGUUUGCCCUUUUACUUUGUGUCUGCUGCAGAUGGCACCAAUGUGGUGAAGCUCUUCAAUGACGCUAUCAAACUGGCAGUUGCUUACAAACAGAAUUCGGGAGAUUUCAUGGACGAGGUCAUGCAAGAACUGGAGAGCUUUGACCUGCAGAAGAAGAGUGAGAAUUUGUCAGAUAAAGAGGAGAGCUGCCCUGAAGAGAAGCCCCCAUCUGCCUAAGCCCUGGACCCAGAGUCUGCUUUUCCCUUUGCUCUAGAUUUCUGGGGCUAGUUAGAGCUGGCCUUCACAGAGGAGAGUGAUUGUUGUCAUGCCCUGAGAGCACUGGUGGUGGGCAGCUGGACCUUACUAGACAGUGGGAGGCUGUCUAGGCAUAACCGCCCUUGACUUGGCCCUAGCCACUGCAUAUCAAGGUCAAGGAAAGGGCAGAAGUAUCCACGUGGUUGCUAGUUACCACAUGCUUCUUCAAGGCAAAGCUUGCCAGCAGGGCUAAACUGCUCUUGGACAUGCAGGGAAGGGUCCUGCCCAGGUGCUUUAAUGGUACCUACUGGAGAAAACAAACACUAAAGAAUUCUUUUUAUAAAGCUUUGAGCUUGCA